AUGGAAGAAUACGAUCUCCUCAUCAUUGCCGACGCGACGGCGUCGAUGAUGAGCUAUCUUGAGUCACUCAACACUUCCCUUCCUCAAAUCAUAUCCAUUUCCGCACUCACGGGUUGCUUUUCGCGAAUAGGCCUUCUGGGAUAUCGCGACUACAGUGAUGAGAGCCUCCUAGAGUGGUCAGGGUGGCUGAAUCAAAAUCAACACAACCCAUCUCAACAACAGCCUGACCUUGUCGCCAACGCUCGGGGACUCAAGCCUUACGGGGGCGGUGAUUACCCAGAGGCUGUCAAGACUGCUUUGGCGAAAGCGUGUGAGGUGAUGCGAUCGGAUGCGAAGACUGUGAUUCUGCUGUAUACCGAUGCGCCUCCGCACACGAAGAUAUCCUCUGGCUGGAACGCAUUUAGAGAAAAAAUCGAGCUUUUGGAAUCGGAUUCGUAUGGAGGUUUCGGGCCAGCUUUUGCCGACUGGGUUUCUGCAUCCCAUGCUCUGCGCAGCGGAGAGAAACAGGCACAAGUCUUCACGAUUCUCGAGUCCAGUAUGUCGAAAAAGUAUGCUGCGUACUACAAUUUUCUUUCUGCUUUGACGGGCGGGUCCUGUCUCUCUCUUCACAAUUCGUGCCCUGAAGCCAUAUCCAAAGUGACAGUCGAUCUUCUGUUGGCGUGGAUGGGUGUCGAGAAAGCUCCUGUCCUCGGGGACAAGAAAGUACAAGCGCUGCCUACGGAGUUAUCGCGCUACAUCUCAGGUCACGGAAUCAAGCAAGUCAGGGAUGAGCGUGACCAAACAGGCAGACGGUUCUUCCCAGGCAAUGAGUCGGUGGCUUGCGUGAACAAUAUAACCAGGACUGAGAUGACGGCCGAUAUCAUGAAAAAGCAUCUGCCCAAGAAAUCAACCCCCGUUCCCGACUUUGCGAAGCGCUGGUAUACCGACGCCGAAUACAAGGAGACUGCGGUCACGCACCUUAUGGACAUGUUCCAUCACGAUGUUCGUGCUAUAGCCCUCAAUCCUGUGUUUGGCAGCCUCUGGAGAGCUGUGUGUAGUGAUAGGAAUUAUCCUCGUCGCGAUGAAAUCGUGACCGCGUUUGACCAGCACAUCGACAAAAUAAGCGAUUCGAAGGACAAAGCAGACAUGAAAGCAUGGCUGGAGGAAUCCUACGAACAUACUGCAGAGGUUCUUUCCAUCAUCGACAAUGUCCCUGAAGCAGAACGAUUCCCCUGUGUCUUCUUGGACCCAACACUCAACUUCUCGCAGUCCAAUGCCGAUUCGAACAAUGAUGAAAGUUCACUUUCAGAACUCACUCGAGCUGAGCUACUAGAAAUUGGCCGGUCUUGCAAUCCCUCCAUUCUGCGACGACUUGGUCGCAUUCUCACCCGACUUAUUUUUGUUAAUUCCGCGAACGAAAUGCCACAGCAUAUUGCAAUGGCAAGCUCAGCGCAGGUAACAAGGAUUCCUUUGGCCCUGGCAGCAGAGAAGCACAACAGGCAAUUUUGGAAGGUUCUUUUUCACACCAUUGUGCCAGGGACAAGGUUAUCAUCUCGUCCUGCAGCUCUUGUCGCAGCUCUGAGCCUGCGACUUGGAAUGACGCCUCUCGCUGAUGCAGCAGAGCAAGAGAUGCUCAGUUUCAAGGACAAAUGGAAUGACGUGGAGAUACCUGAAAACUGGACAGUGGGCUGCCUGGCCCUCCUUCUGGAUGCAAAUGAGGCACAUCGAAAGCAAAGGGGCCAGGAUGUUGUAGCUGAGAAGCCAACUAGUCUUCUACGGUCCAGUGACAGCAAAUUAUUUGAACAGCUGAUCGCCUUCAAAAUGCUGGAGCUCAACCUUGACACUCCUCUGACUGCACGCAUUCCAUGGACCCCAAACAAGGCAAUUUCCAACAUAGGACCUCUGGUCACUUGUCGGUCCUGUCGAUUUCCUCGCUCCGUCACCAUAAUGGGGAAUAGUGGAAAGUGUGGAAUUUGCCUUGCGACAGACCACGCCAGUUCCGAAGACAAAGAGAACCACAAGAGAGUGCGGGUUUCCCAGGACGUCACUACUGUUUCUGAAGCAACCUGGGUAGAGUGUUCUGAUACGUCAUGCAGAGCCCAGUAUGUCCUCUACAAUAUCGAUCGAUUGAAAGUCCGGGCCAAGUGUCAUUACUGUCGGACCCAAAGCCAGAUUGCAGACGCCAAACAGAACAAGAAUCUUGCGCCUGUCGUCGAAUGCAAGCAGUGCUUCAACCGCAUGAUUUGGCCUAAAGCAUACAGACCAUCUUCCUUUGUUGAAUCGGAGUUUGUCUGCCCCCCAUGUGUGUCAGGCCGCGAUCCUACCACCGAGAUCGAAAUGACAGCCAGGAAGAUUUCUGCAGAGAACACACUGUCUUGGCUUAUCCGGGAUAUCCAGAAUCCGGAUAUUGCGCCAUUCACAAACCGCUCGCUUUUCCAAACAGUUUCAACGAUGGGGUCUGAUAACUUUCUUUCUCGAAUCAAGCUUUUUCCAGACUGUAAAACCCCACUGAGUCAUAAGAGAAAGCCUAUUUGCAAUUCUGCUGAGUUGAUAUCAACGCUCCAAGAGGUAGUCGCAACACGCAGGACAACCCAGGUGGAUUGCUCUUUGUGCUUCUCGAGGUUCCGGCCUGGUUCCCUCCAUCCUGCUUGUGGACGGCGCGGUUGUCUCCAGAACAUCUGCACCUCCUGCCUGGCAGGGUGGUACGGCCUCAAUGCCCCAGGAAAAAUCAUCAACACGGCUGCCCUGGCGUGUCCCUUUUGCCGUCGAUUACCCACCGCUCGUACACUAUCCAAGUACGGGAUGGGUAUCCACGCAGUCAAGGAUCUGGGCAAUGCGGUACGCGACAAGGGGACGUGGAUUUAUGCCUGGUGUCAGGGAUGUAGUACCGCUAAGCAGUACAUGGAGCGCAGCUGUGCUCGUGGAACGCCUCCUGAAAACACGAACUGGACAGACGAGGAGUGUGUCGAAGAGCGCGAGAGGCUAGAGUUGGAGCGAGAGCUUCAGCGGUUAGAGCAGGAAGCAACCCAUCAAUACAGAAAGAAAGUCGAAGCAGCAGAAGCGCGCAGACUGGAGAAGAUAAAGCCAUGUCCUCGAUGUGGAACAAUGACCGAGAAGACGAUGGGAUGUGGGCACAUUCGAUGUCCAGUGGAAAAGUGCGGCGUGGACUGGUGUUACUUUUGUGGGAAGCAAUUCGGGCAAGCGAGGAUUUACGAGCACAUGCGAUAUGAGCACGGGGGGAUUUUUGACGAUGAUGAUGGCUUGAUUGAUGAUUAG